GAAUUUGUGAAUAUUUGAAUAUUAUGAUACUGAAACUAUACGAUGAUGAUGAGAACGAUGACAGAUCUCAAAGUUUAAUCCUCAACAGCUUCCAAGCAAGUUUACCGCAGAGCUUUCAUAAAUUCUAGCAGUUUACUCUAGCAGCUUAAACUUCUCGCUGUAUCGCCGUAGCCAAUAAGAAAAGACGCAGUUUCGGUUUCUACAUUGUGUGUAUCCAAAAACCGCUUGAACACAUUCAAGGUUCGCGAAUCCAUCAUCCCUCGCAUCUCUGCGGUUUCCGCGUACUCUUAGCCACGCAAUUGGUCGAACAACCUCCUCCACAACCAAGCAGAAUCCAUUCUAACCGUCCAACAUCCAAAGCAGUGAGAGUGCGAAUUGCGUAACAACUUCUAACUAAUACAACACUUCGCAACCGGCCUCUAGAGGAAAAAGAGAGCAUGUUAGGACGCUUCAACAUCGUUCCAACAGCCAGGGCUUAUGUAAUAUCGAACCUUUUCUCCUCUUCGAACAACAUGUCGGUCGCUACCUACGAAGAAGUCCUCGAUCUCCCGAAUCAUCCGGAAAAGCUACUCAUCGAUGUGCGUGGUGCCGACGAGCUUGCCGCAACCGGACAAAUACCGACCAGUAUCAAUAUCCCACUUGAGCAAAUUGCCAAGGCGUUUUCCCCGGACACUGGUCCUGAGGAGUUUCAACGAUGUUAUGGAGCAUUGAAGCCUAACCCAGACCAGUACAUCAUCAUGUCCUGUAGAACGGGAAGACGAAGCCAAAUGGCAAUCGAUACCAUUACUGCUCUCGGUUACACAAAGUAAGGCAAUUUAGAAAUAGUAAACUCUGUAUGUCAAACCAUCGGUCCUGAGUCUCGGGGUAUUUACGUAACCUACAUACAAUCAGACAACUCGUCCUUUAACAGCACGUCACAUGAAUGGAGAUCCUUUUUCCCCUUUACCAAAUUC